AUGCGGCUGCUGCUGCAGGCAGCGCUUCUAUGCCUGAGCCUGAGCUUGGGGAAGUGCAGCGAGGAGGAAGCACCCGACAGCACCGGCUACCAGCAGUCCCAGGCAGAGUCAUCCUAUUCCGACUGGGGCAUCGAGACCAUCCGGGAUGGCUUUGAAACGGUGAACAGCUACUUUGACUCCUUCUUGGAACUGCUUGGAGGAAAAAAUGGAGUCUGUCAGUACCGAUGUCGAUAUGGGAAGGCUCCCAUGCCACGGCCUCACUACAAACCCCAAGAACCCAAUGGCUGUAGCUCCCAUUUUCUGGGGCUCAAGGUACCUGAAAGUCUAGACUUGGGCAUCCCUGCCAUGACCAAGUGCUGUAACCAGCUGGACAUUUGUUACGACACCUGUGGAGCCAACAAAUACCGCUGUGAUGCCAAGUUCCGCUGGUGCCUCCACUCCAUCUGCUCUGACCUCAAGCGCAGCCUGGGCUUUGUCUCCAAGGUGCAAGCCUGUGAAUCCAUGGCAGACACGGUGUUCAACGCCGUCUGGACCCUGGGCUGCCGGCCCUUCAUGAACAGCCAGAGGAGCGCCUGUAUUUGCAGCGAGGAAGAGCGGGAUGAACUGUGAGGAGGAGCAGCCGCCUGGUGUCCAUGAGCCGCUGCCAGCGUCCCUCUCCAACACAGCAACUUCUGUCAGCCCUCGGGUCCAGCAUGGGGUGGGGACCCGGGCCAAAGCACGCCAGCCUCUGGGCAGAGGCAGCCAGCCCAUGAACAGAGGGCAGCUGUGCCUGCUGCCUGCCACAGAUGCAGCUCAACAACCCCACUGCCCCUUCCCAAGUCCACCAGCCGGCAGGAGCCUGUGCCAGUUCUCUCCAUGGACCCAGCAGGAGAGAAAAGCAGGAUGCAGUGCUGGUUACAAACACUGGACUUACCUUAAAUACACACUUGUUACCACCUCCCAGCCUGUAACUCUCUAAUUUGCAGCGCAAGGCAUGAGGUUUCUGCAAGCCCUGUGCAAUUCAUAGUCCAUGGAUAUGCUAUUUACAUUUUUGCACCACUGGUGACAGACUGAAGAGGGGUAAUUUGCUUUCAGUACAUUGCUCACACCCAUUCCUGACACUUUUUAUCCUGUCAUUACACAUCCUGCAUAUUUAAAUACUUGGUGGAUCCUAAACUGAUUUUAGACAUCUGAAGAUUUCCUAAGCAUGAGUUAAGGAGAAGGGCUUGAGCUGU